AACAACAUCACGGCGUCAGCCUAGAAAUCAUCUCACUAUGACGGUUAGUUUGAAGGGUUAAUCAAGUUGGGUAACAACAUUACCCUAAUAUCCUUCGAUUUCAACAUCUGAUGGGGGUUUCCUGACUUCACCUCGAUUCCUCUCUCGGCAUCCCCUGCUUCGCUGCUCAUCGAGUAUUCCGUUACUUAUCCACCUAUUUUUCUGCACACUUUCGGCGCUCCCUUCCCUGGCAGAGCUCAAGAAGGCUCCUAUCUUUAUGCGCAGUUGAUCGCAAUCUUGCGAUUGGCAUAUUCUCGAGUGUUGGCUGGCGUGUGUCCAUGCUCCUACUCCUCUAAGCGCUGAUCCCUGUCAUUGCCGAUUCACGAUCAUCGAAAGACAAUCCGGAUAGGAUUCCAUGCUUUUGAAGAUGCCUGCAGACUAUACGUCCACUGCGCGGGCUUUAUCUCUUCCAAUGUCGCCUGCGGAAUCACUGUCGCCGGCCGAAGAAGAUACACAGCCAUUAUGGAGCCAUCUGGCCUCCAGCAGACGCCAUACUGCCAGUCCCUCUGCCCGGGCAUCAACUGGUCUCCGUGAUCAAGUCGUCAACCAAGCCACGAAGAUGCUGCGACGCACCAAAAAGACAUGGCGGAGACUAACAUUCUGGCAGAGAAUUGGGGCUAUUGGGGCGGCUUUGCUUGCCAUCUUCCUAGGAUUGGCAUUCAUGAUCUUCACGGGACAAGUGUUCUUCUGGCUGGGGCCUGUAGCUGAAAAAUGGGAACAGUCAUGGCUGGCAUUUUUCGUCCUCUGGCUGUGCGUUUUCUUCGUUUCUUUCCCACCGCUGGUAGGUUGGUCGACGUUUGGAACGAUAGCUGGUUUCAUUUUUGGCAUAUGGAAAGGCUGGAUCCUCUAUGCCACUGCAACCGUGCUCGGGUCCACAUGUUCUUUCAUCGUGUCGCGGACGAUCCUGUCGAAAUUUGUGAACCGCAUGAUGGAACGGGACAAACGAUUCGCGGCUCUUGCGUUGACACUCAAGUACGAUGGGCUUAAACUCUUGUGCAUGAUUCGCCUAUGCCCCCUACCAUACUCCGUCUGCAAUGGUGCCGUCUCGACCUUUCCGACGGUCCACCCUUUGAUGUAUGGACUUGCAACUGCUCUCAUCACACCCAAGUUGCUUGUCCCGGCUUUCAUUGGAAGUAGGAUUCGGAUUCUUUCCGAGAAAAACGAAGAGAUGAGCGCCGGGUCCAAGGCUGUGAAUAUCUGUAGUAUUAUCCUUACAAUUGGAAUUGGUAUCUUUACAGGCUGGUAUAUAUACAGGAGGACGUUGGCUCGCGCCAAAGAGUUGGAAGCCAAAGAGAGAGCAGAUAUACGGAGGUCGUUACAAGCCGAUCAUGCUGCUCACCGUCCCCAUGGUUCUUUCUCCGAAGACCCAGACGUCAACACGGCUGCCACUACACUUGCUCGCGACGAGGAGGAAAGGAUCGGGUUCAACGACUUUGAUGAUGACAACGUCGAUCUCGUUAUUGAUGACGAGAGCGGCAGCGAGAAUUCGUCCAAUCGCGCGAAAAAGCAGUUCCAGGGACCCUAUACGGAUGAAUUCACAGACAAUGAUUCAGACGUUUUCGGGGAUGGCGAUGGGCCCGACAGUCAGAUGCUCCGUCUCCAUACACACGUGCGAUCGGGCUGAGACCUGUCACGCUGUCCAGGAGUCAUAUCUUCACGAUAUAUACCUAGCUUAUGAUGUACACACUGUUAUAGUAUAGACCUGCCAAUUAAAGCCAUGUCACGACGACCUCUCACACACGUAGUGUCAUUGCUGCAUAAAGAGAGGACAUCAGACACAGUUCAAGA